AUGAUCGGAUUCAAGGUCUGCAUUAUUAAACCCGCCCUUCCCUCCUCCUCCAUGUCGCAGGGCCAGUUUGAGGCAGCCCUCAAGCUGGCUCCCCACCCGCCCAAUCUUGCUGCCAUAGAAGCCAGCAUAAAUCUGGGCGAAUGCCUGCAGAACUGGGGCGAGACCACACUCUCGGCCGCUUCCGCCCUUCCUGACGACGUGCUGACUUGCGAGGUGGAGGCCGAGGCGCAGACCAGGGCAUGCGCCCUGUUCCGCCGUGCUGUCCACGCCUACGGCGCCGCAGUCCCCUGCGACCAGCCGUCCACCUCGGCCGCUGCGACUCCCUGCACCGCGCCUUCCACCUCGGCCGCGCCCCGCGCCGACGUGGCGGUCAACUGCGCCAACACCCUGGCCAGCUGGGCGGAGGCUGCCCGCGCGCGCGCCGCGUACGCCACCGCCUGCCAGCUGUCCUCCACCGACAACGGUGACGACUUGCCGGGCCUGCUGGCCAACUGGGGCACGGGGCUUGUGGCCCUGGCGGGGCUGAUGCAGGACUCUGCAACAAAACUGGCCACGCUGGAGGAGGCGGUGCAGCGCCUGAGGGAGAGCGCGAGCUUCGACCGCGCCGACCCCGCCCCGCUGUGCGCGCUGGGCGACGCCUUCGUGGCGGCGGCGGAGGCGGACGCCGACGGCCCUGCCACGCUGCGCGCGCUGUGCUCCGCACUGGAGGAUGGGUAUGGCGCGGCGCUGCGCGUCGACGCGCGGCACGCCGAGGCGCGGGCCGGCGCGGGCGACGCGCGCAUGGCGCUGGCGCGUGCCCUGACGGCGGGCGGGGACGAGGCUGCCGGCCAAGAAGCGCUGCGUGGGGCCGAGGCGGACUACGGCGCCGCGCUGGCGAGGCCGGAGCGCCUCGGGGGGUGGCGGGAGCGGGCGGACGUGCGGUACAACCUGGCGUGCUGCCUGGCGCGGCAGGGGCGGGCGGAGGAGGCGCGGCAGCUGCUGGGGGCUCUGAUAGCUUCGGGCGCGGUGGCUGAAGCCACGGCCAGGGAGGACGCCGACCUGGCGGGUCUCUGGCAGCAGGCCUGA